AUGAUUGAUGCUAGAGAUGAUCCAUUCCUAAGCCAUUUGGCAGGUGAGGUAUCGAUUGGUCUCAAUGAUAAUGAGCGUAACCACUGGGACUUCAUGAAGGCCGUGCCAUUUCUUCAGGCUGCUGCUAUAUUGUAUCCUUCUAAUCAUAUUCGGAGUCAUUGGUCUAAACGUGGUUGGACUGAAUCUGUUGCGACAAUGGUGCUGGAAGGUUUAUGGUUAUCCAGGCGUGAAUAUGAUGAGAGAGAGAAGCUCGGAUUGGAUCGCGACGAGGAUUUACCGGAGGAUAGACAGGAAUUGAUUGAGGAGUAG